AUGACUCUUGUUACGAUAUUGUCCAUUUUGUUGAUUUUAAAUUUAUUUGAAGUAAGUUCGGUGGGGGGCAGUUACACGGAGAACCAAAAUGAGGAACCAUGUCGAUACAUCAGCGUGUUCAGAAAACCCCUGUGUUAUAGAUGCUACAUAUUUAAGCCUAGGAGCGACAAUGGCAUCAAGUGCUGCCAAUACUACCUUCAAAAACGAAAGGAGGAAAAAAUGGAAAAGCUAUAUUCCCUGCAGGAUAUUAUGAAGAACACCCUGAACGAAAAGGACAUGGAUGACAUUAAGAAUUUAUUUCCAUUGUUCAACGAAAAAUUAUUAAAAAUAAAUAAUAGUUAUAAAUCUGGAGGUCCAAACAAGGGAAACAAAAUCUUUACCGACAUUGACGAUUUGGAAAUCGAGUUCAACAAUAAACACUUCAACCUGAAGGACAUAAAGGUUAACAUUUUAAGUGGAAGCAGCAGUAGCGAGGAAAAGAACAAUACGGAAGAGGAGAACUAUUACAAUAUCAUAAAAGGGGAAAGUAAUUUUAUUAAGAAAAAGGAUGAACUAUUACAGAACAGUCCAUUUCACGAUGCAAAAUGCUUCAAAUCUAUACAUGGGUAUAAUUGCGGAAGGAAAAGACACAGAGAACAUAGGGAAGAAAAUGCUGAUGUGGAUGAAGAAUUGGAUUACGAUUUGGCUGAGUCCAUUGGUGAAGCGGAAUACUAUGCAAGAAUGAAUCACCUGAAUAAGGCACACCAAGGGGGUCAUGGAGGAGCUUCAAGUGCAGAGGGUAAUGAACAUGCUAAGGGAAAGAGUGACCAUGAUUAUUACGACAAUGAAUAUUAUGAUAGUAAAUACGGAACAAAUCAUUACAGUGAUAGUAGCAACUCUCCAAGCUCCUCUAUUUUUUCUUUGUCCAAAAAAUUUUACCUAUUGGAUAGGUUGUCUAAGAACCCCAGAAAAGUUGUACAGAAAUAUAUCGAGUUUAAAGAACACCUAUCCGGAUCAGGGGACAAAUUAGAUGACUUCCUGGACAAUGAGUACUACAACACGACGGAAACGAUAAACAACGUUUUGGCCGACGAUAUUCAGAAGACCGUUCAGUAUGAUGAGAAGGGAGACGAGAGCAGCAACAACAGUGGUAGGGGAUUCUUCUCCUCCAUGUUCCGGGACUUUAUUUCGCUCUUUUACUUCCCGCAGAAGAAUGUGGAGUUGUAG